AUUUUGACCGCUGUGACUGCCGUCCAAUCCGCGUCCACAAAAUCCGGGACUUAUAGUCCGUUGGCCAAUCAGCGCUCAGACCAAUCUGCUGCCUCUGACGCUUCUCGAGCUGUCUGAAUACUCUGGCGGGAGAGACAACACGGGUUGUAUUGUCAGUAACUUGUGCGAAAUAACCUCGCUUUAUCUUAUUUAAGUUACUUUAGGUGCUAAUUAGACUUUUGUCUUUUAAUUUGAGACACAAUAGUGUUGACUUUAAUCCCCUGCUUUAACAGAAUAGAGCACGCUAUUGGACUUUUACAACAAAAUAGCUUGUGAGCUAGCAUGAGCGAGUGAAAUCGAGUCGUCGAGCGUUUUUCUUAAAAAAAAAAAUCAAAUAAAACGUCUAUUUUGUAUUUGGAUUCUUUCUAGAUUCAUCUGUUUAUCAGUUUUCGAGAGGUAUAUUUUAUUGUGACCAUUUAUUGAUAGUACCGUAGAGCUAUGGCAAAAGUGCAAGUGCUAAAUGUUGCUGUCCUGGACAACCCGAGUCCGUUUGGAAAUCCGUUUCAGUUCGAAAUAACAUUUGAGUGCAUGGAGGAUCUUCCCGAAGAUCUCGAAUGGAAGAUCAUUUAUGUGGGAUCGGCAGAAAGUGAGGAGUAUGAUCAAACUCUAGACUCUGUUCUUGUUGGUCCAGUUCCUGCAGGGCGACACAUGUUUGUGUUUCAGGCGGAUGCUCCAAACGCUUCCCUAAUACCCGAGAGUGAUGCUGUGGGCGUUACUGUUGUUCUAAUCACAUGCACAUACAGAGGACAGGAGUUCAUACGCAUUGGCUACUAUGUGAACAAUGAAUAUACGGACACUGAGCUGCGUGAGAACCCUCCCAUUAAGCCUAACUAUGGACAGCUCCAGAGAAACAUUCUGGCUUCAAACCCACGUGUAACCAGAUUUCACAUCAACUGGGAUGGAUGUGCGGAGAGGAUGGAGGAUUCGGAGAAUGUGGACCCCGCACCUAACGCCAUGCUGCCCCCAUCCUGCACUCCGGGAAAAGCACCUCCACUCGGACUGGUGCCAGACAACUCCAUGGACUGUUUGUAGUGACGCAGGCUCCUGUGAUUAAUCCUCACAUCUCAAGGCUCAUCCGUGAGCUCGGGUCAAUCUGGACACUGUGGAAAAGAGGCGGGGUUACUCAAAUACAUCAGUCAUUGAAAUAAAAGUGUUUUGCCACACCUUUUGUAAACAAAUCAGUGGUGUGGAGAAUAUGGCAGAUCUUAUCUCUGGCAUGCAAUAUAAAUAUUUGCUUUUCAGUUUAAAACAUGAAUGGAUUGAAAGCUGAUGUGUCAUGUCACCAAGUAUUAAGAUGUGCUUCAUCUAAUGCCGUAGCACUAUUGACACAUCAAUCUUUUUUUUUUAUCCAAAACCAAUCUAUUCUCAUACCAAAGGGGAUGAAAGAUCAGCUCUGUGUUUAAAUGCGUAAUUGACUUAACAGCAGUACUUGUGUAAGCUACAAAUGGCUGACGUUAUUUUUGUAUUUGGGACUGUAUUAUAUUGUAUAUAUAUAUCUAUGUCUCUUUGUAUGCCAGUUCUCAUUGAAAUAAAUGUUUUGUUACAUGAUAA